AUGAUCCCAUAUCCAGUACUUAGUACCACUGCCUUGGUCGUUGUUCAUGUUAAAUCCGUGCUUCGAGCUCUACGCCACCGUCUUCUCCACCACCCAGUGAGGAUGCUCUCCCGCCGGCUGGCAUCCCACCUCAAGCGCGUGAGCGCGCGAUCCUUCGCCUCCACCUCCUCCAUCUCCGCCUCCCACAACCACUGGAGUACGAACCACUCGGAACCAAGCUCCCAGACGGUGAACCUGGUUGAAGUCGGGCCUAGAGACGGGCUGCAGAACGAGAAGAGCGGAAUCAUAUCGGUGGAGACAAAGGUCGAGCUGAUCGAGCGGCUGGUCAGGGCAGGAGUGACGAACGUCGAGGCGGGGAGCUUCGUGAGUCCCAAGUGGGUUCCGCAGAUGGCAGGCACCUCAGAGGUGCUCAAAUCCCUCUACCACGUCCCAAGCGUGCACUACGCCGUGCUCGUGCCCAACGCCAAAGGGCUCUCCGACCUGCUCUCCCUCCUCGCCUCCAACCCUUCCUCGCCCUCCUCCCCACCCUUGACAGAUGAGAUCUCCGUCUUCACAGCUGCCACCUCCUCCUUCACGCGCGCCAACCUUAACUGCACCGUCGCCGAGUCCCUCCAGAAAAUCGCACCCGUCGUCCGCGAGGCUCGUGACCGCGGGCUGCGAGUCAGGGGGUAUGUCAGCGUGGUUGUGUAUUGCCCGUUCGAGGGACGCGUGGAGAGCAGGAAGGUGAGGGAUGUGGCGAAGGAGCUCCUGGAGAUGGGGUGCUAUGAGGUGAGCUUGGGAGAUACGGUUGGACAGGCGAGACCCCAUGAGGUUGCAGAGAUGCUGGAGGAGGUGUUGACGGAGUUGCCGGCGGAGAAGUUGGCUGGACAUUUCCACGACACCUAUGGCACUGGCGUCGCUAACGUUCUGACCGCAGUCCCGUACGGGAUCCGCACAAUCGAUGCCUCCGUCGGCGGGCUGGGCGGGUGCCCCUACUCUCCAGGUGCGACAGGAAACGUCGCGACCGAGGAUGUGAUUUAUGCCCUGCAAGAGUCUGGGUAUCGUGUUGCAGGUUCAUGGACUGGAGACUCAAGUAGCGACUUUUCAGGAAGAGGCACGGUGGAUCUGGAGCAGCUGGUAGACAUUGGGUGGUGGAUCAGCGAGAAGCUUGGACGGCAGAACGCUAGUCGUGUCGGGCGGGCGGUCAAGGCGAGGAGGGAGAGGGAGGAGAAGCAGCGGGAAAAGGAGAAGGAAAAGUCCAAACUGUAA